AUGCCUCAAAGAACUGCUGGAGGAAAUCCAUUGAUGUCUAGAGUCAAUGGAAGGAUUGCAACGAAUGUACCGUCAUGGAAUUUUACUCCAGGUUCUUCUUUAACUUCUCAAAACAUUUCAACACGACAACAAAAUUUUACAUCAUAUCCUGGUGCAAUACAUAGCGUGCAUUCUCAACAGAAUGAUAUUUUGGAUAUGUCUGAAUUUCCUGCUUUAGGAAGUGCAAAUACAACGUCGAAUAACUCAUCUGCAACAGGAAUGAGUUCAAGCUAUGCGAAUACGGCACAGACCGGAACAAAUACUACUUUAAAUGAUAACAGGUCAAUUCAUCACCAACAAACAUCGCAAGAAUUUACUAUUGACGACUUUCCAGCUUUACCAGGUGCAACGAAUAAUUCAGGAAAUCGUGGGGUAGUUGGUUCACAGCCUGGUGUAUCGCAACAUCAUUUGGUGAACCAUCAACAACAAAAUAAUGUUGAUGGAUUAAGUAAUGGAAAUACUAUGUCAUCAGACAUGUCAUCAUCAGGCAUUCAGGAUGGUCGAAUAAGCAAUGGCGGAAUAAGACCAUCGAGUCAAUCACAAAUGAAUUCCGUGUCCGAACAAGACAAAAAGAAUUUCUCUACAAAAUCCGGAGGUAGUGUACAAAUAAUGCAACAAAAUCCUUCUUCAUCCUCAUCUUCGAUGUUGGCGUAUUCAUUAACAUGGCCUAUUCCAACAACGCCAUACUCAACGACAUCAACCUUAACGGGUACGCCAUAUCCACCAUCAAUAGGCAUACCUAAUUUGCAAUCAAAUGUAGGUGGUACACCUUCGUUAAACCAAUCAUCGUCGUCGUCAUCGUCCGUGGCAUCGGCAGAUGAAUUUGGUUUACUCGGUUUAUUAAGUGUAAUACGAAUGACCGAUCCUGAUUUAAGCAUGCUGGCAUUAGGGAGUGAUCUAACAACUUUAGGAUUAAAUUUAAAUUCACCAGAUGCACUUUACGCAACAUUUACGUCACCUUGGGCAGAGAAUAAUCAAGUUGCUGGUUUAAUUGAACCUGAGUACCAUUUACCGUCUUGUUAUAACGUUCAACCACCACCACCAGCUCAAUCGAAAAUAGGAUCAUUUUCUGAUGAAACGCUCUUUUACAUUUUCUAUAGCAUGCCUCGAGAUAUAUUACAAGAAGCUGCAGCUCAAGAAUUAUAUAAUCGUAAUUGGCGAUAUCAUAAAGAACAUCAGUUCUGGUUAACAAAAGAGUUUGGUACAGACCCAGUUGCAAAAACGCAGAGUUACGAACGUGGAAACUAUAUCUAUUUUGAUCCUGAGUCAUGGGAAAAAGUCAAAAAAGAAUUUGUUCUUGUAUAUGAUGCUUUAGAAGAACGUCCUAUGUUGAAUAGCAUGAGUAGUAUUAGUAGCAUGGGUGGUUCAUCAUCAUCCAAUCUCUCCUCAUUAGCGCCUACAGGCUUGCAGCAGGCGGUACAGCAAAAUCUUUCAGUAAAUUCAAUGAAUAUGUCAAGUCUGAUGGGUCUUAGUAAUAAUAUACCCUCAGGGGCCGGUGGUGCUGGUGCUAGUGGUUUAACUGCUAAUGCUUUGGCUGGAUUAGGUGGCGCUACUCCUGCACAAUUACAACAAUUACAACAAUUACAUCAUCCAACAAUUGGUCCACAUCAUCCAUUAGGACCUGGCCUUGGACAAGGUGGUCAUUAUAUAGCUCAGAGUGGGCUCAAAGAUUUUUAAUGGAAGAGUCGAGUCAUUGUGAACGGAGGAGGGUGUUACUUUUGUCAUGACAUUACGGCAAGAGUAAUGUAAGAUAAUUUUUAUUGCAUUUCUUUGUUCAUAGUAUGUACAAAUAUAAAAUUUCGUUCUCUGUUU